UUCGUUUCGUGUUCUUCUCUGAGUCAACGAAGAUUGUUGUUGAGAACACUCUCUGGGGAGAGCCUUCCCUUCCGCUUGUCGUUCCCGCCGGCGCCAGCGGCUCAACGCCGUGUGGGAGAGAGGAACCAGAUUCAACCGGACGAUGUCGGGCUAGUUCUUCCCCUCAGAAGUAUGUGCGCAUUUUCGCAUGCACACGACAAGGCGAGUGCCUCUGUGGAUUCGUGUUCGAGCGGAGUUCACCGCUUGUUUGCGCUAACGACCUCCGGGCGAGGAGCACUGGACACGAUCCGGCGCCCUGUCAAGCGUAUUUCACCGAUGCAUUUCUCUCUCUAACCGCUGCUUCUUCUUCUCCCACCACAGAUUGUCUAGGCCGUGCUCACACCCUUUCCUCAUUCUUCUCUCCUCUCUAUGACCUCCGUCCUUCGUCCUGGGUUGCCCCGUCACCUUACACCCUCUAACACCAAGAUGUCUCCUCUUUCUUCUUCCUCGCUCUCUUCCUCUUCUUCUUCCUCUUCUUCGGCCUCUUCCCCUUCUUCCUCGCCGCCUUCUCUCUGCUGUUCUCUCUGUUCGCCAUGUCUCGCAUGUCCUUCUCCGGGAGCCUUGGGUCUGGCUCUGCCUCUGACGGCACAGACGGCGUGCCCGUCACGUUUAGCGUUUCGCCAGCGGCUGCUGGAGCGCCUGGGUCUUCCCACCUCGGUGGCGUAUCUGCCGUCGAGAGACGUGUCUCCUUUUGCAAUUCGCUGUCUCUGUGCACAGCUGGUCGACGCCUUUCGGAUCUGCUACAUGAGCGACCAGGAUCUCUACUUUGCCGACGCGGUGGCGCGCGAACUCGAGCGCGAAGCCCGCGGCCGCCGGGCGCAGAGGCGCCGAGGCGGGAAGGUGGAUGCCCUCGCAGUGACGCCGGAGGACCAGGGUGUUUCCGGAAAGAAGAAGGACGCCGAAGAAGCUCCAAAGAACUUUUGCGCCGUGGCCUCAGGCGAGGGACGAGAAAAAACAAGGGAGACAAUGGGCAUGCCAGUCGUCGCCAUCACACCGGAGCGCUUUCAAGAGUGGGGUUUGCUGGCCGCCUGUGAGUCGCCUUCGAACCUUCGUCGCGCGCUCUUUGAAAUUCAGAAUCGCCUACGCUUCCUGGCUCUCAAGAAGGGCGAGGUGGACGCAGCGGUCCCGCUCUUUGACGAGAGCGAGCUCGUGGUGCUAGAGUCGCGGACGGGGGCUGAAGGCGCGACCUCGGGCGCCUCCCCAGAGUCUGCGUCGAUGCCUGUGUCAAGCGAGGACAGACGAGCUCUGCUGCGGCCGUUCGUGUCCCACAUGCAGCACCUGAUAAAUCGCUUCUGCGCCCCGGCGAAUGCCCCCGUCGAUGCACGCGCGGAAGUCGACGAAGCAUUCACGAAGAAGUACCACGAAGAAGCCAAGAAACUCGGGGUGUACGUACACCCGGCGAUCCAGGUCGUGAAGAUCCCCGGCGCGGGCCGCGGGCUGAUGUGUUCGACUUCAGUGCCCGCCGGGACGACUGUCGUCGACGUGCCGGAGACUGCGAUGGUCAACGUUUAUGGAGGCCUGCGGGACCCGGCGUUUGCACACGUUGUCAAGUUUCUCCUCACCUUGCGGCCCGCGCAUCCACCCAAUGAAGCGGACGAAGGCGCGCCCGCGGAUGCGCGUCCAGCCGCGAGCGACUCGGCCGCCUCUGCGGUACCCCUGGUCGACACUGACACAGUCACGUUACUGUAUUUUCUCUUCGAAGUCGAGCGUGGAGACGCUUCCCGGUUCCGCUUCUUCUUUCAGGAGAUGGUCCCGCCGCCACGCGACGAGAGGCAGCAGCCGCUCCUCUUAGGACCGCCAGAGAUCCCCGAGUUCCUCGGCGACACCCCGUUGGUGCGGACCAUCGACGAGAGCCAGCUGAAGGCCUUCAACCUCUUUCGCCGUCUCCUCCCGGUCCUCAGAGACACCUUCUCGUCGUACGAAAAAUUCCUCGCACUCUGCUUCCCUGACGGCGGCGAGCAGGCCGCCGCGGCCGGCGCGGGCGCGAGAGGUGAACCGACGGAUGCGGAGAAACGGAGACAAUGGGAGGAGAUCUCGGCGUUUCUCGGGGCCCUGGACCUGCAGAAAUUCAUUUGGGGACAAGGCCUCAUGGGUUCGCGGGCCUUUGCCGUCAAGGUCCCGCCCCCAGCUUCGUUUCCAGGGUGGGAAGUCGACCUGCGGCGGGCUGAGGGUGGAGAGGGCGUGAGCGCCGAGCAGAGCGACGAGGUGUCACCGUUGGAGUCAAAUCACAAGCGUGCAAAGGUCUCAGCGCUGGCCUGCGCACGGUCCGACGGAGGUUUUUCUGCGGACCAUGGAGACACUGAAGCCGACCCUGAAGAAGACGGCGACGACAACGACGAAGAUGCUGUACCGUUCCUACCGGAGCUACGCGAAAAACACAGCGCACCUACCCUCUACCGCGCUCGUCUCGACAGCUCUUCUUCCUCUUCUUCCUUUUGUUCUUCUGCUCUUUGUGGAGGCGGGGAUGGGGGAGACAACGCAGGCUUGAUUUGCAUUCCGGACCACCCGACGACGUUUCUGCUCUUCGCAGACUUGAUGAAUCACCACGUCCACUCUCAGUGCGCCUUUCCGUUCUUCGACAGUGUCACGCGGAGCGCACGCAUAGUGGUGCAGGCAGACUUGCCGCCGAGAGCCCAGCUUUUCAUAUUCUACGGUCCAAUGCAGAGUUGGGAGUUGCUUGCUCACUACGGCUUCACAACUUCCACCUUCUACGGUCUCGCGCCCGGCGCUGAACCGAGAUGCGAAGCCGCCUGCUGCGGGGGCUGGAAUUUCACUCGAGAAACAAAAGGAAAUCCGUACGACACGCUGACGUUGUCGUUCGAGCCUCCUGACGACGAUUCGGACGAGGAGACGAGACGGCUGCUGCUGCGUUUGUUUGACGUGCCUCGCGAAAGUUUGCUGAGGACAGGUCUUCCCCACUUUUCCUCGCGUCUCCUCGACUGCCUCCGAAUUUCCCUGCACCCGGAGGUCGACACUCUCGUCGCCUCCCUGCAUCGCCAGCGCCGCGCGCUCGAGCGCGAAGCCCACAGAGAAGAAGCCGCGGUGCGAGCCGUUCGGUGCCACUCGGAGACAGUGGAGGCAGGGACGAAGAAGAAUCCGUGUGCGGAGGGGCAGAAUGGAGACUGCGGGCAGUCCCCGGGAAACAAGAGGGCGAGAGUCUGUGCUCAUCGGUGGGCGUUCUCUGUGCUCUUUCGAGGCGACGGAUACUGCUGUGGAGAGAGUGGAGAACUGGCUGAAGCAGCAGAGACAGAGCCGAAGACAUGUCAGGGUUCCGACCUCGGAGACAGCGAGAGCGAAGCGGAAGAAGAAACCGAAAAUGAAGAAGACUUGCUGGUGACAAAGUCAUGCUGCGUCCCGGUGGCACAAACCGCCCAUGAGCUCCUCGAGGCACGCAAAGCAGGACUUGCGCAGCUGCAGGCUUGGCAGUUGGACGAGAUGCAGCGACCCCACUGGUACGACGCGUGGGCGGACCGCGCGGAAGCGUUCCUGGAGAAUCAAAUUGAAUUGUUUUCUCGCAUUUACGAUCUUUUUGCGACAGCACCCGACGACGCCGUUCUGACGAAAGACUGAGAAUGAGGUGAAGAGAUGUGAGUGACAAACCCUGUGUGCAGGCGCGAAGCGUAUGCGCCGCCGAGAACGCUCCUCUCUACCUUGGAGAGGCGCCGGGCGUGUCUCGGGUGUGUAGGACGCUUCAGACAAAGGAAGCGUCUAUGUCGCUUUCGCUUGGUUCACAACAGGACGUUCAGCACUCUACCGUAUUCGAGCGCGACAAAGCUGUUUAUCAAGACUGUUCACCAGCUGUGCGUCGCAGAAACGUGUUACUGGAGUCGAAAUCCUUGUCUCCAUUCGGCGCGUUCUCCGGCACGAGUGAACGCAUUCGUCGGCCGCCGCGGGGCUCGGGAGCAGCGGUGCACAGAGACACAAGCACUUUCACCAGAGAAUCGGUUUUCGUGGAAGAUAAGAAAACGAUUUCUCUACAGGUUCCUGGUGCAGAGAGACGAACCACUCGCUGGGCGCACAAAAGUCGAUUUGUGUGUUUGGGGGUAUUGUUGCUCGAUCGAAGGAAACCUUUUCCGGGCGUCUGAGGUAGGUAGAAAUGUCCUGCAACGCCAAAGCUGUCGUAUCGACUGUGCUAACAGACGAGAUCUCAAAUCCAAGGGCAACAGAGAUCUACAGUAGCACCUUCACUGCGAGA